ACACACGCACACGUACACAGUUGGCGACGACAUUUUGCCGUAGAAGGAGGUAUCAGUGCAAACUCCGCCACAAGAGUUCAAGAAGGCAAAAAAAAUAAAAAAAUGGGAAAGAAAGUCCCAUUGAAGUCUGGGGGCAACACGGAACAAAUCCAUCAAUCGCCAGCGUUGACGCCUCAGCAACAGCCACUGUUCCCGCUACAACAACAACAACAACAACAAUUGCCUUUUUUGGGUUCUGUUCAACAAGCACCGCAGCAACCACACCAACAACCACCAUUACAAGGAACGCCAUGGUCUCUGCCACCAUCACAACCAACACAACAGUUUCAGCUGCCACAGAAAUAUUCGCUUCAGGAUGAUUUCAGUAACCAUCACCAAACAGUCCAUCGACAUGACCCACAGCACCCAGGCUACAUCACCCAAGAUGGGUUUCCACAUCAGCAAAUUCAGCCCAUUGGAGGCUCCGUACAUAAUUUUGAAUUGCCUCCAGAGCAUCAGCAACAUCAUCAACAACAACAACUACAACAACAACAACAACAACAAUUACAUAAUGAACAGUCAUUUCAACAAGCACAGCUACAGCUACAACAGACCGUCCCACAGGAGCCCCCGCAGUGCCUCUACAACCAACCUCUCUCGACAUGCCAACUGCCCGCAUACCAGCAAGACAACCAACCCAAGGGCGGUUCCUGGGGCAAAGGUGGAGGGGGCUCCGUGUCUCUCUCCCCCGCUAAAAUGGACUGGCCUUUCAACCUCGUGGAUGAAACAAGCCUAAGUGCCAUUACCAGCCUAGAGCCGCUGAGCGUGAAGCGUCAGCGUGUGGAUCCUCCCGUGGUCGCCUACCCAGAAAGAAGCAGAUUUGAGGGAGACUGUCAGUUCCGGGUCGACAUUCCUGGAACGGGACGAAAGCUGCUUGUGAGACCGGAUGAGGGCGGGGAGGGCCGCUGGAUCAACACGGAGAAGGGCCACAUGAUCACACUGGAGCUCACCCACACAGCAGAGUCCUCCGCUGCUUGCUUCCGCUUCCUGCUCGUCUACUCCAAGGACGCUGAGGCCUCUACUGCUGUCGUGCCCUGCGGGAACCACCGCCGCGAGGAGCGCCCCA